AUGUCGUCUCAGGUAGUCGCCGGUCACAGGGAAAACGCUGAGGUGUACACCGGCGAAGCCCUCUGCAAGCAGAAGUCUCGUGAGCUACUAGAGGAGAUCUGUCUGCCCAAGGGUCUGUUACCUCUAGAAGACUUGGAGGAGGUGGGGUACAACCGCUCCACCGGCUUUGUGUGGCUGAAGCAGAAGAAGAGGAAGCAGCACAAGUUCCAGCGCAUCGGCCGCAACGUCUCCUACGACACGGAAGUGACAGCCUUCGUGGAGAAGCAGCGGAUGAAGAAGCUGACUGGGGUGAAGAGCAAGGAGCUUCUCAUCUGGGUCACCAUCUCCGACAUCUACAUCGACGAUCCCUCUUCCGGGAAGAUCGCUUUUGGCAACUCCACCACCGGAAUAUCUAGAUCAUUUCCGGUGUCGGCGUUCGAUCUGGAUGAGAGCAACGGUUCUUCUACCUGAAUUUUAUUGAAUCAAGCAGUUGGGAUGUGUGUAUGUAUGAAUGAAUGAAUGGAACAAAUGCUAUUUGAAUGAAAGUAAAUUGCUCUCAUAUUUGAUAUUGAA